GUAUACAAGCCUGCCGAAUCUAACACACACUUAGACCUCCAGAUCAAAGAUUCCUGCUAGAAUCACAACCUCAAGAUUCACAUCACCCACAACCUAUAACGACACUUCACAGGCGCUAGCACACUAUAUACAACAGGCAAACCACUUUACUACUACUACCACUACCACCACAUCACCACAACUACUCAACCUGAGCCCCCAAACAAAAAAGAUGUGCGACUUUGACGAAUUCGUCUUCACCUGUGGACACUCCACGUUCCGUCUCAAAGCCUACUGCCACCGCGCGCGCAACGAUCCCUACAAGGAGUGUCAUUACGUCAAGAAGCUCCGGGAUGUCUGGGACCAGACGUAUCCGUGCAGCGAGUGUGUGAACAGGGCACAAGCGGCGGCAACAGCGGCGGCGCAAGGUAUGCACAUGGGAAACGACCAAGGGCAGCAAGGCCAGGGACAGCAGGGGUAUCAAGAGCAGUAUCAGCAGUACUAGAGGUACGUGAAAUGGAUGGGGUGGCUAUUUGUGAGUAUUUAGUAAGGAGGUUGAAAGGGGGGGGGGGACAUGAGAAAUGUUUAUGAGGAAUCAUGUGCCAGUCAUUACGAUGAUGGUUGGGAGACGAGAUACCAUUUGGGGACUGUCAAUGGGUGGUACACUGAUAUGAGUAGAAGGGAAUUUAAUGAACACGCUGUAGACUAAGUUAUGAAAUCAAAUUGGAUUCAGUUG